GAAGCGUUGGCACUUUGAGAGAUGGCUAACGUGGCAUCCUUCUGUAGAGAAAUAAACUUUAAAACUACCGAGCCUAAAGAAAGAACGUGUGAGGAAGAUGAAAAGACAGUAAUAGAGCUGGAAAUUUCUAACAGGAUCUCAAGAGCAUGCUGAUGUCAUUUUGUUUCUGCCAAACACAGAAAGAGAUCAGGAAGAUUAAACCCAUUGACACUCUUUUGAGAGUUUCAGAUCCUGAGUUCCCUCAAGAACUGAUGGCCAAACAUCCAUUGAUGAUACAAGCAAGCUUAGAAAAUCUCUUAUUGCAACCCUGACGUAAUGGAAGUGCCCCCAAACCAACCAGCACCUAAUAAAACUAGUGCCAAGAGCAACAACUCUGCGUUUUUCUACUUCGAGUCCUGUCAACCCCCUUUCCUAGCCAUACUCUUGCUGCUCAUAGCAUAUACUGUGGUCCUAAUCGUGGGCUUUUUUGGAAACCUGUCUCUUAUCAUCAUCAUCUUUAAGAAGCAGAGAGAAGUUCAAAAUGUCACCAACGUACUGAUCGCCAAUCUGUCCCUCUCUGACAUCUUAGUGUGUGUCAUGUGCAUCCCCUUUACGGUCAUCUACACUCUGAUGGACCACUGGGUGUUCGGGAGCACCAUGUGCAAACUCACUUCUUACGUGCAAAGUGUGUCCAUCUCUGUGUCCAUAUUCUCCCUUGUAUUGAUCGCUAUUGAACGAUAUCAGCUGAUUGUGAACCCCCGUGGCUGGAAGCCCAGGGUAUUUCAUGCCUAUUGGGGCAUCGUCUUGAUUUGGCUCAUUUCCCUUUCAUUGUCUAUUCCCUUAUUCCUGUCCUACCACCUCACCAACGAGCCCUUCCACAAUCUCUCUCUCCCUGAUGAUGUCUACAGCCACCGGGUAGCCUGUGUGGAGAUCUGGCCUUCCAAACUGAACCAACUCCUCUUUUCCACAUCGCUGUUUAUGCUCCAGUAUUUUGUCCCUCUGGGUUUCAUUCUGAUCUGCUACCUGAGGAUUGUUAUCUGCCUCCAAAGAAGAACUAAGAAGGUGGGCAGGUGGAGGGGAAACAAGACCCGCCUCAAUGAGAACAAGAGGGUCAAUGUGAUGUUGAUUUCCAUUGUAGUGACUUUCGGGGCCUGCUGGCUGCCCUUGAACAUCUUCAAUGUCAUCUUUGACUGGUACCAUGAGAUGCUGAUGAGCUGCCACCACGACCUGGUAUUUGUAGUUUGCCACUUGAUUGCUAUGGUUUCUACGUGCAUAAACCCUCUCUUUUAUGGCUUUCUCAACAAGAAUUUCCAGAAGGACCUAAUGCUGCUCCUUCAACACUGUUGGUGCCUUGCACCCCAAGAAAGAUACAAAAAUAUCGCCUUGACCACUGUGCACACGGAUGAAUCCAAGGGAUCAUUAAGACUGGCUCGCACAACAGCAGGGGUGUAGAAAUCAGGAACCAAAACCAAAGCCUUUCUGAAAUGGAUGAAGGAAAAGGAACAGCAUGGAAUAGGGUGUGAUGCAGAGGAAGUCAGAGUUAAACACAUAACAUCUUUAGGCCCAGUUUUAAUUCAAGUUAAGCAUGUCUAUCCCAUCCAUCCACAGAACACACAAAGAUGUAGCCCCGCCCUUUCUUUCUUUUUUUUUUUAACCUAGCCACCAUGGCUGUGGAAGGAGUAAAGAUGAGGAAGCAGAUGGUAAGGACAGUAGAGAUGGCUGGGCCCCAAUGUUCCUGCUAUUCACUGGACUAGCCAGAAAGGUGUCUGCUGUGCCACGGUCAGGAAAAACCCUUGCUGUGCCUCCUUCCCAUCAGAGCAGUUCCACUUCUAGAUGGAGCUGGACCUUCCCAUCGCACAGCUAUUCAAUUAAUUGGAUAAGUGUGAAAAUACAGUAUGACAAUUUACUAGUUAAUUAUAUCUGGAUUAAAGUUGAAAAUGUGUCUUAAUAUUAGGACUGAACAUUGUGGCCAUAAUUAAUUUCCCUGUCUGAAUCAGAUCCUUAACUUGUGAUAACGCUGCAUUUCUCUUUGCCACCAAUGCUAUUAAGACUAGGAAAACUAAUCACUGAUUAAUUAGCGCUCCAGUUUUGCCAGGUAUCAUUUUCAACUAAUGAAUGACCUGUAUCGAUAGAGAUUUCAUUACAAAAAUGGCCUUUUAUCCUAAUGUCUUUGUGUAUAUUAAAUAUGAGUCAUCAUAACUUUAUAAAGGGAGAUUUUAACAGCAGCAAUGAUAUAAUUAGCUACAGCAUUUCAAAAAAUUAUCAUCUCAUUACUUAAACAUUAUGAAAGGAUCCACAUUGUAUAGGAGCAUCAUCAAGAUUUAAACAAGAUAAGUGACCUAUUGUUUCAACAGCUGUUAGCUCAGAGACUUUGACUAAAUCACAGAAGCUUUGCUCUUUCCUUAGUUAGACCUUCCUGAUACUUAUUACAUUUGAA